AUGAGGCCUUGCAGCAGUUAUGAGGGUUUGCCAUCAUCAAAUUCAUACCCUUUUGGCACACAUGUUUCUUACAGCUGUGGGUCGUGCGGUUACGAACUAAACCUGAACUCGUGCAACCGCAACAUAUCAGCCAUGGAUGCAAAAUACGAAAAGUCGAUGAAAAGAGGAGUUAUUUCGUUCUUCUCAGUUGACGAGAGCAGGUUUACUCAGAUAAACAAAAUCCCGUGGCUGCCGUAUUUGACGAUAUCAAACAAGCCCUCGUCGUGGAGGAUCUUUAAGAAACGAACCAAAUUGCUAUGUAGAAAUUGUGGGAAUUAUAUUGGAUUUACCAGGAAUGCGAACAAUUGUUCUUCUCGUUUGUCACCAUUCAAAGCAAUGGUCAAACACAAUUCAGCAAAGACUUGGGACGGGAUUUCGGGGCACACAUCGUACGAAAUCAAGAUACGUUCUUUGAGGCCCGUGUCGUUUGAUGGACCUGCAUUUUUCAUGUGA